AUCCAAGAGAAACUAACAUGGCGGACAUCGAGCCGACCGAUAGCCAACAGGGGUUUGCGACUCCCCUUUCUAGCUAUCCAGUGGCUUAUGAAGACCAGUUAUUGAUGCAGAGUAAUGCCAAUAUUCUAACCUUAGACGAUUCAAGAGAUCCAGGACCAGAACUGCCCGACAGCGCUCUUGGAGGCCAAGACGAUUUUGAUCCCGACCGCGAUUCUGAUGACAGCGGCAACAGCACAGAUGACGAGGAUGUUCAGUUGUCACCAGGUGGCAUUUUAGAUGAGGAGACCAUUGCCAGAGGUCUCUCCAAUCUGGGAAGAUCAGCAGAUGGCACACAGCAGGUGUAUUUGCAUCUUACAAUACCAGGUCUUGGCUUGCAAGAUGUCAGUAUUUUGAAUGAAUAUAUUCACCUACAGAAGUUGGAAAUCCCAUACAAUGAUAUUACAGACCUCAGUCCACUUGGUCAGAUGCCACAUCUCCUGAUACUGGACGCCUCACACAACAAAAUUAGUAAGCUGCUGGACUUCAGUCCUCCGCGGAACCUGAAGGAAGUUGACCUGUCAUUCAACUGCAUCACAGAGAUGGCUGACCUCUCUGCUCACCACUACUUGAGGAAGUUAUGUCUGGACAACAACCAAAUCAGUGAAAUGAGAGGACUGAGUCACUGUAAAAGACUGAGCCACCUCAGUCUGGCACAUAACAAAGUGAACAAGAUUCAGGACUUGGACAAUUUGCCCAUUAAACAUCUUAAUUUGAGGUCAAAUGAAAUCAAGAAGAUAGAAAACCUAGAAACACUCAAGUAUCUUUUGUAUAUCAAUCUGUCUGGCAACCAGAUCAGAAGCUUGAAGGGACUGGAGAGACAUGACCUCCUGGAAGAUAUUGAGAUGGAGGCAAAUGAGAUCAUAGACAUCAAUGAGAUUCAGUAUGUGCGACAGUUGCCCAUGCUGCGUCAGUUUGAUCUGCGUAGGAACCCUAUCCAGGAACUCCCUAACUACAGACUGUCCAUACUGUAUCAGCUACAGAGGCUAACAGAACUGGACAGACACAAAGUGGAGCCUGAAGAGAAGGUGGCAGCCAAGAAUCUGUUCCACCCUCCUGCUGAGGUUGUAGCUGCACGUGACCACAUCAUGCACACCGUCUUCUCCUUCCUGCAGUCUACAAGGAUUUACGACAGUACCCUGCCCAGCAUAGAGACCCCCUACCCAAUGCUAGUAUUAGUGGGACCCAAGGGAUCCGGCAGGAGAGACCUGGGUCUUAAACUGGUGGAUGAAUUUCCAGAUUACUUUGGAUAUGGGGUGUCCCACACUACCAGAAGAAUGCGCCAUGAUGAAGAAGAUGGAAAAGAUUACCAUUUUGUGUCCAUUGAUCAGUUUGAAUCAGAAAUCAAACAUGGCAAGUUUAUCCAGACAUACCUACACCAGGGGGAGUACUAUGGCCUGACAAUGGAAGCUAUAGAGAGUGUGGCCAGGGAGGGACUGGCUUGUGUGGUCCACAUGGAGCUGGAGGGAGUGCUGACCUUGAAGAACACCUACUUGGAGCCCAGGUAUGUGCUGGUGUUGCCACUGAAAAGGGAAGUACACGAGCGUCGUAUGCGCGACAUGGAGCUGUUCACUGAGAACCAAAUUGAAGCCACACUAGCCAGGACACAGGUGUACAUAGAUUACAAUCAGGAACACCCAGGCUUCUUUGACAUGGUCAUUCCUAGUGAUGACAUCUCGGAGGCCUACAAAAAACUGCGUCGCUUGGUCAUGGACUACCUUGGCAUCAACGUCCCCACGCCCACAGAGUCCGAGUACCAAGACCAGGACACCAGUAGUGUCACAGGGACGAAGCUGACAGACACAGGGAUGGGGGCCAGGACCUGGUCACGCCCCAGUAUUCCUGACAGUACAUCACAGCUACAGGCCAGCACUGGGGGAGGAGUCGGGAGCAAGGCACACACACCAGUUGGAAGGGGGGUUGUGGAAGCAGCCUCAUUGAGUCGUAGGAAGAGUGCAGCCAAAGAAGCUGUAGCAGGCCUAAAACCAAGCAUUUAUGAUGAGAUCUUGAAAUACACUCCCACAACGGCUCCUGCAAUGGAAACCAAUGGCCUGGGUGAAGGCAAUGAGGUCACAGGUCAAAGAUCAAGGUCAGCCCCUGGAAAGGCCUUCACCCCAGAUGACCCCAAUAACAUGGACCAACUCCCUCCUAGCUCCCCAGACUCAAGCCACCAGACCUCCAGGACCAGCACCAGUCUCUCUAAUAUAUCCUCAGCCCAAAAUGAGGCUUUUGAGGAAACAGAAUCCCAAGAUGGCUCAGGGCAGAAUCAGCCACCAAUUGAGUUACCAUCAGAAUCCAUGGAUCCCAUGGAACUGAUGUCUCCAGACAGGGCAACAAAAAGUGGGUCUGGGUUUGUGUUUGCGCCCCCUCCUGGAGGUUCUGGGGGUUCUAGGCCCCACUCUGCAGGCUCUAUGGAGCUGGGUUCUUAUGAUGUCAACUCACUCCCAGCUGUUAACAACUCUGGCAGACCUGGCUCACACAAACAUAGAGUGCUGCCACCUAUUGGUGGGUCUCCUACACCACAGACGAAUACAUUACCUGAAUAUUAGAUGCCCUAUGUGAGCAGGGGCU